UAGAUGUAGAGAGGUUGCUGUAUGGUUCAACGGUUGUGUGGCAGUAGAAUACAAGUCAGUAGCAAUGGUCUGCGCUGCAAGGUUGUUGAUCUUGUGUAUCGCCACAUCUCUCCUUGCAGAUGCAGGAGCAGAUGAUCAGGUCAACUACGUUGUCGUGGAGACUAGCUCGCUUAAGCCAAGCGCCGUUUGCAAAGGGCACAGGGUCCAUCCAUCCGUCAACAACUACAGCAGCAGCUGGACACCGCUGAGUAAUCCUCAUGGUCCUUGCUCGCCGUCGUGGGAGGAGGGGGCGGCCAUGGACUACAGUGCGUCGUCCAUGGUCGACGACAUGCUGCGAUGGGAUCAGCACCGCGCCGGCUACAUCCAAAGGAAGCUCUCCGGUAAUGUUUCUCAUGAAGAUACAGAAAUUUCAGACAGCACAACGACGCUCGAGAGCGUAAAUGGCGGCGGCGCCGGAGAUUUUAGCAUGGGCGACGAUGGAACCGGCGGCAUGGCAAAGGCACAGCAGCAGGACACCCAUCAUCAGGUGGUGGAAGAGCUGAGUAGUGCUGCUGAUCCGGCGGCGACCGGCGGCAGCCGACGCAGCCGCCUGCGGCCCGGUGUGAGGCAGCUGAUGCUUCUGGACACGGCGAGCGACGUGGCGUGGGUGCAGUGCUUCCCCUGCCCCGCCUCGCAGUGUUACGCGCAGACGGACGUCCUGUACGACCCCUCCAAGUCGCGAUCGUCGGAGUCCUUCGCGUGCAGCUCCCCGACCUGCAGGCAGCUGGGGCCGUAUGCCAACGGCUGCAGCAGCAGCAGCAACUCUGCAGGCCAGUGCCAGUACCGCGUGCGGUACCCUGACGGCUCCACGACGUCGGGCACGCUCGUCGCCGACCAGCUGAGCCUGAGCCCUACGUCUCAGGUCCCAAAGUUCGAGUUCGGGUGCAGCCACGCCGCGCGGGGCAGCUUCAGCCGCAGCAAGACCGCCGGGAUAAUGGCUCUCGGCCGCGGCGUGCAGUCGCUCGUGUCCCAGACCAGUACCAAGUACGGCCAGGUCUUCUCCUACUGCUUCCCGCCGACGGCGAGCCACAAGGGCUUCUUCGUCCUCGGCGUGCCCAGAAGGUCCUCCUCCAGGUACGCGGUGACGCCCAUGCUCAAGACCCCGAUGCUGUACCAGGUGCGCCUCGAGGCCAUCGCCGUCGCGGGGCAGCGCCUCGACGUGCCGCCCACGGUGUUCGCCGCCGGCGCGGCCCUCGACUCCCGCACCGUCAUCACGCGCCUCCCGCCCACGGCCUACCAGGCGCUGCGCUCCGCCUUCAGGGACAAGAUGAGCAUGUACCGCCCGGCCGCCGCCAACGGCCAGCUCGACACCUGCUACGACUUCACCGGCGUCAGCAGCAUCAUGCUUCCAACCAUCAGCCUCGUCUUCGACCGUACCGGCGCCGGCGUCCAGCUCGACCCAUCGGGUGUCCUGUUCGGCAGCUGCCUCGCCUUCGCCUCCACUGCCGGCGACGACCGCGCCACUGGGAUCAUCGGCUUCCUUCAGCUGCAGACCAUCGAGGUGCUGUAUAAUGUCGCCGGCGGCUCCGUUGGGUUCCGCCGUGGUGCAUGCUGAGCGCUCAAUAACCUACCAUACCAACCUCCUAGCUGCCUACCUAUAGCCAGCUACUACAUGCCUAUCGCUAUUAAAUUUUGCAUGCAUGACCUAAAUAAUUAAUUACUAUUUGUUGUGUGAAUGUGCAUGUGUGCUACGUACUACUCUAUAUAUAUAUACGCUGCAUGCGGUUUUUUUUUCUUUUUUGCCGAAUAUAAUGGUUUGAAAUGAAGCUUUAUAUGGAUUGUGUUAUACAAUUUGUAUACGCUUCGGUACGUACGGUGUGUAUUCUUCUUCAAAUGAAUAAAAAGGAUGGAUCUGCUUGUCUGAAUGCU